AGUUUUGGGGUGAGUAACGAGUAAAUCUUUAACUUCUCUUUUCUAGAGGUGCCUAUGUGUACAUGGACAGGGGCAGCUUCAAUAUCUACAGAGCAACAGAGAUGGCAGGAACACAAGAACUAACAUUACUGGAAACAUCUCACCCAUUAACAUAUGUAGUUAAUCAACCGGAAGUUUUUUUUUAAUUUUGGAGAACACGUUUAUCCAGUGGGCGACAUGGCGAUAGCAGCGCUGGAGUUGAUGAGUUUCUUUUUUGGCCUCUUUGGCAUGCUUGGGACCUUUGUAGCCACUCUUCUGCCAUAUUGGGAAACGUCCGCACACGUUGGUCCCAACAUCGUGACGGCGGUAGUCAGCAUGAAAGGUCUGUGGAUGGAGUGUGUCUACCAGAGCACCGGAGCCUUCCAGUGUGAGACCUACAACACGCUUCUGGGGCUCACCACUGAUCUACAAGCAGCCAGAGCCAUGAUGGUCAUCUCCUCCAUCUUUUCCGUCAUGGCCUGCGCGGUAUCCACUGUCGGCAUGCAGUGCACCGUCUGCAUGGAUGGCUCUUCAGUCAAGAGCAAGGUGGCUGGGGUAGGUGGUUCCCUUUUCCUCCUGGCAGGGCUCUUGUCGUUUAUCCCUGUGUCUUGGAAGACCCAUGAGGUGGUACAGACCUUCUACAUGCAGAACAUGCCAGCCAGUCUAAAGUUUGAGAUAGGUGACUGCCUAUAUGUGGGCUUGGCUUCUUCGCUCUUGUCCAUGCUCGGUGGAGGGCUGUUGAGUGCAUCCUGUUGUGACGAUUUGGACGGUAGCAGGGGAACCAGACGCCAUUACCCCUACCCUGACCGCACCGGACCGCGUGGACCGUCCCAUUUGAUGCCCUACCAUCCAGCCACAAACCCCAACCUUGCCAACAAGAACCAGACCCUUAGCCUUACAAGCACUAGUACCCACUCCACUAUGCCAGCUCAGGAUUCCAGGAAAUCGGCUCGGCAGAACACAGCAGCCGGGUAUGACGUCACAGGCUACGUUUGAGGAUUUGUGUUAGUUGUUCUGUACCAUUUUUUCUAAAAGCCCUUGGACUGUU